ACUAGCCUUAAAAGAAAUGCGGCUCUGGUCAACGUUCCGGCUGCUUAAGGCUCGGCAAACUGCAGUAGUCCCAGCCCGUUGUGCUAUGUGCCAGUGGCAUCUCGAUUUCGGAGGGAGAAAGACAAGCGCUUCGAACACGAUGAUCGCGCCGCCCAACUCUGUUCUAUGUUUCUCCGUGCUGUUUGUCCUCGUGGUUUCAUCAUGCUCCGGCGAUGACGUCGACUUCAUCUACCAAGGUUUCCAGCACGCAAACCUGACCAUGAACGGCUCCGCGUCAGUGCUGCACGGGGGCGCGCUCCAGCUCACCAACGACAGCAACCGCCUCGUCGGCCACGCGUUCCACGGCUCUCCCGUGCGCUUCCUCGACGUUCCCGACGGUGGCGGGAGGCCACCGUCGUCGUUCAGCACGGCCUUCGUCCUCGACAUCGUCACCGUCGGGAGCGGCGGCGGCCACGGCCUGGCCUUCGUGGUGGCCCCGUCCACCGUGCUUCCCGGAGCGUCCCCCGAGGUCUACCUCGGCGUCCACGGCCCGGCCACCAACGGAAACCCCGCCAACCAUGUCUUCGCCGUGGAGUUCGACACCGUGCUGGACCUGGAGAUGAACGACACCAACGGCAACCACGUUGGCGUCGACGUCAACAGCCUCGUCUCCAACGUGUCGGAGCCUGUCGCGUACUACACCGGCGAUGACGGUGGAAACACCACGGCGCGCGUGCCCGUGAACCUGGAGAGCGCGCAGCCAAUCCAGGCGUGGAUAGACUACGACGGCGGCGGCGGCGUCCUCAACGUGACCGUCGCCCCGGUGUCCGUGGCAGAGCGACCUCUCCGGCCGCUGAUUUCAACAAAACUCGACCUGCGACCCAUCUUCAGGGAGGAGAUGUACGUCGGCUUCUCCUCGGCCACCGGGAAGCUGGCGAGCUCGCACUACAUCUUGGCGUGGAGCUUCCGAACCAACGGGCUCGCGCAAUCCAUCAAUCUCCGGCGGCUUCCCAAAGUUCCGAAGCCGAGGACAGCGCUUUCCAAGCUCGUCAUCAUCAAGUUCGCCGGCGUGGCUUGUGCAGGGACACUGACUCUGAUCGCCGCGGCCAUGGUCAUCGUGCUCUGGCUUCGGAAGAGGGCGAAGCUCGCUGACACACUGGAGGACUGGGAGCUGGAGCACCCACACAGGUUCCCGUACAAGGACCUCUACAGGGCCACCAAGGGGUUCAAGGAAAGCGAGUUUCUUGGCGCGGGCGGUUUUGGCCAGGUGUACAAAGGAGUGCUCCGGCAGCGCUCCGGCGGCGACAAGGUGGCGAUCAAGCGGCUCUCCGCCGGCACGAGGCAAGGGAUGAAGGAGUUCGUCGCCGAGAUCGCGAGCCUCGGGCGCAUGCGCCACCGCAACCUGGUCGAGCUGCGCGGGUGGUGCAAGCACGGCCAGGACCUGUUCCUCGUCUACGAGUUCAUGCCCAACGGCAGCCUCGACGCGCACCUGUUCGGCGGCGCGGACCGCAGGGAGCCGCCGCCGCUGCUGCCGUGGGCGCAGCGAUUCGCCGUCCUCGGGGGCGUCGCCCGCGGCCUGCUCUACCUGCACGAGGAGGGGGAGCACGUGGUGGUGCACCGCGACGUCAAGGCCAACAACGUCCUGCUCGGCGCCGACAUGGGCGCGCGGCUCGGCGACUUCGGCCUCGCGCGCCUCUACGAGCACGGCGCGAACCCGGCGACGACGCUCGUGGCGGGGACCCUCGGGUACAUGGCCCCCGAGCUCACGGUCACCAGCCGUGCCACCACGGCAACCGAUGUCUUCUCCUUCGGCGCCCUGUUGCUCGAGGUCGCGUGCGGACGCCGGCCGGUGGUGCCGCCGGGCGAGGCGACCGACGACUCGGACGUGAUCCUGGUGAGGUGGGUCCGCGACUGCGCGCUCGACGGCGACCUGCUGCGGGCUGUGGACCCGAGGCUGGAGGGGUGCUACGACGAGGGGGAGGCGAAGCUGGUGCUGUGGCUCGGCCUGAUGUGCAGCCAGGCUCGCCCGGAGGCGAGGCCCAGCAUGAGACAGGUUUGCCGGUAUCUGAGCGGCGAGGAGGCAUUGCGGGAGGACGCGGUGCUCGUUUUCACCGGCGCCGACUCGGUCGAGUUCAUCGGAUCGUCGCUCUCCAUAGCGUGGUCCUCCUCCGGCGGUACCAUGUCGUCCGGCUCUCUGCAUGGUGGUCGGUGAACUACUACUAUCAUAUGGAAAGCUGUUAAGGUGCACAGUUGCACACACAUCG